AACAAAAAACCUUAACUUAAUUUAAUUCCCUAGUAUUAGUAUUAUUAUUAUCCUAUGUAACUCUUGAUCCAACAAAAUAAUUAUGUUUACAAUUUCAAAUAACUACAAAACUAAUCUCUCAAUCAUUUUCCUAUAAAUACUAGAAAAACUCCACUUCAAUCUCACCAUCACAAUUCACAUCUUUCUCUCUCUAAAAAAAAAAAACUCUCAAGUCUCAACAUUCUUACUAGUUUUCUAAGGCCUUGUUUGGAUAAAAUGGCAAAAGGAGGAAAGCUAAAAAACCUAAUGAAGAAACUUUCCUUUGGAAAAACUACCCGUACAAACAACACAUUAUCAUCAUCCGACUCCGUAACCGCCUCGUCGAGCUCGUUCUCCUCCUCGGCCUCCUCGGACACCUCCUCCACCACCACCACCACCCUACACCCGGUGUACGUAGGGAAGUCGAGGCGGCGGUACCUCCUCUCGACCGACGUAGUCGGCCACCCUAUCCUCCAACAGUUGGCCGGAAAAUCUACCGCCGAUGACGAGAUCACGGUGGAAGGGUGUGAGGUGGUGUUGUUUGAACACUUGCUUUGGAUGUUGGAGAAUGCUGACCCUAUGCCUGAGUCCUUGGAUGAACUUGCUGGAUUCUAUGCUUGUUGAAAAAAAUUGAAUUUGUUGUUGGUUUUAUAUUAUGGGCCUAUACUUUGGGCUUUUGAGAAUCAUGGGCUCUGUAUUUUGGGCCUGAGGAAUUGUAUUGCAGUGUAUAGAAUUAGUAGGGGUAGUUUAGGAACUACCUACAAAAAAAAAUUAAGUACUCUUAGGUUUUAGAAUGGGUAUGGCUUAGAUGAGGAUUAUUAUACAUUAAUCCCAAUAAAGUCAUCACUAAAAAAAGUUUUUAUUUCAUUUUAUGGGACGUUUUGUAUAUGAAUUAUUCACACAAAUUUAUUCUAUCCAUUUGAAGUCUCAUUCUGUUCUUAA